AUGAUCACUGGUGCUCAAAACCAAGAGGGGGUGCGACACGUGGUGACCCUUUCGGAAGCGCCCUCGGACCUACGGCAAGACUUGGCCCGACUGUUGCAGUGGAGCGUGAUUGAAGUGGAUGAAUUCGAACCGCCGUCGCUCCAGCAAAUCCGGCAAUUCAUCUCCAUUUGCGAAAACGCAAGAAAAGUCAAUCAGGCGGUCGGCGUGCAUUGCCGGAUGGGUCGCGGCAGGACGGGCGUGAUGGCCGCGUGUUUCCUGACGCGUUUCUGCGACCUGGCGCCCUCCUCGGCCAUCUGCAACCUGCGACUGAUGCGACCUGGCUCGGUCGAGACCUUUGCCCAGGAGAGGGCCGUCCACAUGUACCACGACUUCCUCCGCACAUCCGACACGGAAUUAUCCUUCCAAUAAAAAUCUCGAAUCUUUUCACCGAAAUUAUGCAAAAGUUUCGUAAAAUCCUUCGUCUGCUGAUCCAGUGGCAAAGUGCAACUUUU